GUGUAAUGGAACUAUAUGGAGCCAUUACUCUCUACAUCAUGUCUUAUUGACACGGCUGUGGAUUUACAUGGUUUUCAUGUCUUGGUUUUAAAGAUACAUGAAAAAGAGGAGGAUGAGAUGAACGAGAAGAAUGAAAAUGUCAGUUGUUUGAGUGAAGAACCUCUUAUUAGCGCUGAUCAGGUGAUUGAGGAGAUCGUGGAGAUGAUGGAAAACUCACCAGAUCCUGGAGAGACAGAGGAAGAGGAGGAAGAUGAUAUCGCUGUGUCUUCCUCUAAAAGUAGCCCCUCUCUGUUGGAGGAGAUCCGCAUGCUUUCUCAGGCCUCCAACAACAACUGCUCCUAUGAAGGUCUGAGGCUGAUGCCAAGCUCGGCACUGCUUGACAUCUUGUGUCGGAUGGAGGCGGCGAUACGAGAGUAUUCGGAGGAACUGGUGACCCAGCUGGCCCGGAGGGACGAGCUGGAGUUUGAGAAGGAGGUGAAGAACACCUUCAUCACAGCUCUGAUGGAGGUCCAGAACAGACAGAAGGAGCAAAGGGAGCUGAGCAAGCGCAGGCGUAAGGACAAGGCCAUGAGUUUACAAGGACCGACGCGCUCCGAGAAGACCGGGAGCAUGCCUGCAAAACGCUUCAGUAUGGAGGGUCUUUCCAACAUCCUGCAGACAGGCAUCAGGCAGACCUUUGGGACCUCAGGGACAGAAAGACAGUACCUAAACACAGUCAUUCCGUAUGAGAAAAAAGCCACUCCUCCAUCUGUGGAUGACUUGCAAAUGCUCACAAAAAUUCUUUAUGCCAUGAAAGAAGACAGUGAGAAGGUCCCGACCCUCCUGACUGACUACAUACUAAAAGCUAAUUAAAUAACUGGAUUCACAGAAGAUCACUGUUCACCAGCUCUAAAUAUUCCCUUCUGUGUCCUACCUAAAGUCCUGAGCGUGACGUGCUGAUGGUGAGACUCUGGAGAGGUCGGGGGUCUUCAUUCGUCCUCUCUCGGUUCUCAAAGCCCAGCUGCAUGAGCUCCCUUAUCCAGUAUCAGCGAGGGACCCUGAACAUCUAACCAUCCUUCUCUUGCUUGUCUAACGACCUUUGACCUUGCUCAUCUCACUGCCCUUCCUGUAUUCACAUAUCCAUAAGGUUCACACUACAGCACCUGGUGCUUUACAUGUUUUCUACUACGUGUGUUAAUACGGGCCAAAAGCCAUAUGGAACGUGUAAGGGUAACAGGUGGAAUUUAAUCAGUUUAACUCUACGAUCAGGUAAUAUUUUUA